AUGUAAACAAGAAAUUGGAGAAAGAAAAAACAACUUUUAGAAAAGUUAGCCAGAAAAAAUGAAGCAAGUACUAGAGCAAUAUAUAAUUGAUAGUAGCCUAGGCUAAAAAUGACCAGUAGUUAUUUGAAAGUAAUAGGGAAUUUUUCUAGAGAUUCUAAAAUUUCUAUGAAAAUGUUAAGGAUAUAAUGAUUCCAUCUUUAUAGUAAUUUAAUUUUGUAUUCAGGUUUCUACAGGAAUAAUUUCAUAUUUGUGAAUUAUUAACUGAUUAAGAAGUGUAUAAAUUAUAAAAGGAUUUACAUGAUUAAUGGAUUCCUAAGUUAAGAAAAAAUUGGACUGAUGAUGAUGGAUAAAUUCUUAUUUGGAUAGUAUUAAAAAUUUGUUCAAGAGAUGGAAUAAAUAUAAGGAAAAUAGUAAAUUUUCAUAUAAUUUAAGCCUAAUAAAAUUUGGGAGGAGGUUGUAGAGUUAAUUAGUCGACGUACAGUUGAAUAAUGCAAAAAUAAAUGGAACGGUUUAUUGAAAUUAUCAUUAUAAUAAAUUCCAUGGACUGAAGAAUAAGAUUUAUUUUUGUUUGAUUUAAUAAAGUAAAUUUAAUUUUAAUUAUUAAGAAAAAGUAGAGAGGAGGGUAAAUAAAACAAAUGGUGCAGAUUAGCAAAUCUAAUAAAUAUAUAAUUUAAAGAAUCACCAAGAACAGGAAAAUAAUGUCGAGAAAGAUGGAAUAACCAUUUAAAUCCAGAUAUUAAUAGACAUCCAUGGAAUCUUGAGGAGGAUAUUGAAUUAUUGGAAAUCGUUAAAAAACAUUAAAGAAAAUGGGCAUUUAUAUCAAAAAAUUUAAAGAUUAAAAGAAGUGAAAAUGCUGUUAAAAAUAGGUUUAAUUGUUUACUUAAAAAAAAUCAUUGUACUUCUAUUACAACUCUCAUUAAUACCUUAAAGAAUAGAUUUAAAACUGAAAACCCUUCAAUUCAUUUAUCAGCAUUCAAAAAUUAAAAAAUUAACCUUUAAUAUAAAGACCAAAAAAAAUAACAUCAUCUAAAUAAGUCAAAGAAUUAAACAUAAUUUACAAUAGGAAUGUUCAAUAAUUUAAAUUUAUCUGAUUUGAAUAACCUUUAGCCAGCCUUUUAUAAUCCAAAUACAGAAUCAAUUAUACUAAGUACAAAGUAAUAAUUAUAAACCCUCCUUAAUCAUCAAAUGGUUAAAGUUGAGAAUGAAAUAAAUAUGAAUUUAUUUGGUGAAUUGAAUAUGUAGUAACCAGAACUUUCAAAUCAUCCAUCUAGUCUAUUAAAUAUUAUUAAUGAUCCUUACAAUUUCGUAAGAUAUGUACCUUGUGUUGUACCUAAUUUUAUAUAAAAUUAAUAAGGAACUGAAGAUAAAAAGUAAUUUAUAAUAAUUACAUUUAGAUCUCAAUUUAAUAUUCCUGGUUUAUCAGCCUAAAAUAAUUAAUAAUAAGGACUUUUGAGAAAUAAAAAUUCUAGUUCAUUCACAUUUUUUACAACUCAAUAAUAAAGUGAUACUACAGAUAAAUCAAUAUAAAACAACAGUUCAAUAGAGUAGCAAGAUUUAAAUAAUCUGAGUAAAUAAUAAAUUGAAUUCACAGUCAAUUAAUGA